UGAACCCAUAUAGCAUCAACCCCAAAACCAUUGUGAACCCCGUUUUACCCAUAAGUGACGUAUUACAAUGUAAUCUAAUUCAGCUUUCUCUUCCAAUUCCCUCCUCACAGCGUGCUAUCGGGACGCACGUAUCUCGACCUACCACUUUUACAUUAUUAUAACCUUAAUUUUCUUUAACUUUGAUGUUAGCGAGUAAUAUUGCACAUUUUCUGUCGUUUGUGACUAUUUUCUUCAAUCUGGGUGGAAUAAUUACAUCCCGUUAUUUUAUCAAUUUCUUGAAACUUAGAACCGUUGAUAUUUGGGGAUAAUAAGGAAAACAUCUCUUUUAUUAGCUACUCAACUGUCUCCUCAACAUCCAAAUAACUUCACCCAAAAAUCUUAAAAUGUCUCUGAGCCUUUCCUACGGCCCUGCAAAACUCGAUACUACUGGCACUGGCGACGGGUUGGAGCAUUACGAUCAAGUAUGUGCCAUCUCCCAAGCGGCCAUCAACAAUGCUUUCAUCAAGCUUUUCGAAAAGCAGCCGCUUGCAGCCCGAUCAGUGCAUUGGGAAAAUGAGAGUGUUUUUGAUGGCCAAUUGGUAGCUACAAUGCUGCCUCCUCAAAUAGGUAAACAACAACUUCGAAUGCUGUUCCUAGAUCAUUAAUGGACGUAACGUCUAAUGGAACAUAAAAGUUUUAUGUUUCGGCGGCUCUGUCAUAAAAUUCCUCAAAAAUCGAAUACUAAAUUUGUCAUUUUGCAGAGCUUGACGUGGAAUCUGGGGAUAGCGCCAAAUUUCUACUCCAACUUUGCUUCGACCAAGGGAGAAUUUUCCUUGGGCAAAACACCUAUCAGACGAUCGAUGGUUGGGUGAUCGCUCUCUCACUUUCUUUCGAAGAUUGUCUAAAUGCAUCAAGUGGAGAUCUUGCCUUAGCGGCGACUUUGGAAGACUUGGAAGAGGACGUUGUGUUCAAAUCCGAUAAGCCGACUAAGAUAAUUCCCGGAGAAUACUCCAUUCACCGGCUGUUCGCUGCCAUUGCUGGUCAGUUUUUGUACUUUGUACAAGUAGUGCUGUCCAAGGCUAAUUUCAUCCACAGAUCUCAGCUGGGGAAGCAUUAUAUGGGAGCGCUCAUACUUGACACAAACUAAUAAGCAGAAGCUCUAUCUUGAUCAAUGGGCUCGAAAUCCUGCCAAUAAUGCUCUAUACAAUGAGGUUCAGCAAUGUCUGAGAGAAUGGACCUUGGAAAACAAGCUCGCGUCCUGUUUCACGCAAGGAAUGUUGUUGAAAGUCCCCAAAGCAAAAGGUUGGUUCGCUUUCAACGAUUAUUAUCAUGGCUGACUUCUCUCAAGUUAGCAACAACAAGGUAACUUUCGGUAAGUCUCAUCUGAGAGCCUCUUAAUCCAGUUGUAUUCUGACCGUGAGCCUAGCUGCGAGAACACUUCGAUUGCAGAAUUACCCUUAUAUCGACGAGGGGAAACAGAUCAAAUUAUCAAGUGCUAAGCAAGUGAUGAAGGGUGUAAAUGGAAGCCCUUAUAACUGCCUCUGCUUUUGUGAAGUUGUUGGAAGCAGAGUUGACCUUCCCAGAACCAAAUUUUUGCCAUUUUCUGUAAGUGGUUAUCCGAAUGAUAUCAAUCUGGUAAAUCAAUAGAACCAUCAGGCUGACCUUUUGGCACAGGGUAACCUAGCAGGGCCUAGUAAAGGUACAGGUGGUGAGUACUUGGGAACUUUCGUUCUUGACCACCGUCUUUUCGCCGGAGGAAAUAAGUUGCUAUCGCAAUUGCAAGAGCUUUGCCUUGCAAUGCAGACAAUCCCUCUUAAUCCUGGAGUGAGAAUCGGCGGUAAUUACUUACCGUCUGGCCGGCGACUUCGCGUAGUCGGCAACACGGCAGAUUUUACGGCUGGAAAGCCGUAUCGUUGGGAGGAACUAAGAAAUGAUACGGGAGCCGCUACUCGUAUUCUUGUGGAUGUUCCGAAGAGGAAGUCUAAAACUUCGUCCUUGUCGAAAAUCACAAUCGAAGCUGGACCACAAACGACAGCGUUCAAGGUGAGCGGAUUGUAUGGCUAUAGCCGUCGGAGUGAAUUCUCAAGGCAAGUAAUGCAUCCCUCAUCUUUAGAGUAGGGGUUAACAACAUAAAGCCUUGUCAUUAGUGAUAUUGCUCCCUGGACCUUCACUAUAAGCAUAAACGGUUCCCAGGACACAGCAGGUAAUCUCGGAGUUCUCAACAAUAUCAGUGCCAUAUUUGCAGGGUGCAAUACAGAGAAGGAUCCAUAUACUGGAUUGGAUAUCCUCAUACCCAAUGAUUUAUCCGUCAAUCUUGCUGGAAACCCGUCAGAUCCAACAUGGAUUCUGAUACGGACAGCGAUGAAGAUCAAUAUCGGCAGAGCUCUAGCAAAAAUGGCGAGCGAUUUUAAACCAUUUCAAGGAAUCAACAAGUUCAUAUAUCCAGGUAACGGUGAGCUCGAAUUCGGACCAACUAUGUUGAAUGAAGAUAUGAAUAUAUUUUCAACUGUUGAUUUCUCGUAAGCAUAGACCCUUCCUCCCUAAACUGACCUAUUUACUACCAGAAUACUAAAAAUAGCUUAGUUUAAAAGAAAGCCGAGUUAUUUGGCCAGUCCCAGAAGCAGAGAGCCUUGGAAACAAAGCGCCCGAUAGCGCGUAUAUUUCCGAUACCUCUGUGACUACUGAUACUCCGCAUCUGACUUGGACAUCUCUUGUGAACACAUACGAUACCUCCUCGCAAACCAUAAAAGUCACCUUGACAGGUUUGAAUAACUCGAAUGAUGCAAUGGCAUUCAAGUACGUUUCCGCGCUUUGCUUGAAAAUGAAAGCUUUGGACGGAAAAACAUUGUUUGCAACUGGACCGGAGCACUGGACAGCAAAGGAUGUGUCUAAUGCCACGUCUACCAAUACCUGGUCAAUUUUUACUACGAAAAUCGACCAAGCACUUAAUUUGAAGGCAGGGAAUCUCGAUAGCGGCCUCCAAUUCACCAUGUUCCCUAAAGUACUCGGUACCGCACAUGAUGGUACGGAUUUGCCCACUAAAUUCAUAAUACCUCCCAAGGGCUCCUUCUCAUUGGAACUAAGCGGAGCAGUUUCCACAAAAGAUAAUGCAGGUCUCUAUAUUAUGCAGAUAGAUGAAGUGUGGACAGGUAUCAGACCAAGCAGGCCGGUCCAAGGACGGGCAAGUACAUUUUUGGUGCUGGAACUCAAAGCGGAUGGCCAGCAUCCGGCUCCCUAUCCGGUCACUCAAGCGGUAGCUGAUCAAUCAAGAGGAGUAUCUCACACUUGAUCGCCUGCUGGUAGUGCAAGAUGGCAUUUGUAGGGUAUUGGGGUAACUCUUAACUUAUGACUAUCUGGUAUUGUGCUUCGGGCCUUUGUGGCUGGUUUUGUCAACUACAAAAUUUGAUUGCCACGUACAAUACCUCUUUAUUUUCGAAUGAUAAAACUUUUCUUCUAUGAAUGGCGUCUUUCUGACAGAA